AUGAUGCCAAUGACAAAACCUUCGCAAUUAAUAUUGUUUUUUAUAAGUUUGAAUGAGUUAGUGCCAACUCAACCAUCAUCAUGCUUGCUCCGUUGCAAAGACAACUAUGUGAAUGAAAUGCAAAAAAUUCUUGAUGAUACUGAAGAGUGGACAAUGGAACUUUCCAGCCCAUUACAUAGUUUAAUAAAAGGACUAUCUGAAACCUUCAAUAAUCAAGCCGUAAUCUAUCAAAGGCUUCAAAAUGCUUGCAAAACAAACAACGAAUACAUUCAAUGUCUUUUUGAAUGCAGAGAAAGAAAAAUCAGCAACAUCCUGUUAAAAGGACAAACAUCCUGGAUGAACAUAUGUGAUGCUUUUGCUCGAAAUACAGAUGAAUUUUUGACCUCAGUUUUGCCAUGUUGGGCACGCCAUGGUGCUGCAGUGGGACGUUUUUGUGCACCUCAACGAGCCAUAAUUCAAAAUGCAAUGGUGGAUUUAAUCAAAAGAGCAGCGCGGAACUUGCAUUACCAUAUCGCCGACAUUUGCAAAAGCGCUACAAUGUACGACAAAUGCUUAGCAUGGCAAGCAGAUGCUUUUUGUGGUGAGAAGGCAUGGAAAUUCGUACUAUACAUCAACCGUAAGACAUCAUUGACAAUCGUAGAGCUUUUACAAGAAUCGAAAUUGAUUGUAAAUUUGCCAAAGGAAUGCGAACAAUGGAUUGCGCCAUCAAAGUACAUGAAACCAAUUGAUCAUGCGAUAACACACCGCCGUGAUGUUGCUGCUCUUGCUGUCUCUAAUGGUACUGUAGUGCAUCUCAUCAUAUUUGCUUUAGCACUGAUUUCAUUACUAUAA